AAAUAAUAGCUGCGAGCCAAAAGGCAGAAGGCGGAAUAAACACGAGAAGAGUGUAACAGGCAUUCCCUCCAAAUUCGAAAAUACACUUUGGCUUUUGAAAACGAAAACGAACAGAUUGGAAAAGGAGAAAGGAGAGAAUGAAUGAAGAAUCCAAUUUCUAACUCAUUUCUGGUUCUACUCAGAGUCUAUUGCAGAAUCCACAGACGCCAUUGUUCCACCACAACCAAUUCUAAUAUCAAAUCCUGGUUCAACAAAUACUUUGACAAGACCAAUGUCUUCUCCUGGAACUCUCUCAUCGCCGAGUUGGCUCGUGACGGCGAUUCAUUCGAGUCUCUUCGUGCUUUCUCCUCUAUGCGAAAGCUCGAUCUUAAACCCACCCGCUCCACUUUCCCUUGCGCUAUUAAAGCAUGCUCAGCUUUGCUCGAUCUUCACUCCGGCAAGCAAGCUCAUCAACAGGCUCUUGUUUUUGGUUUUGAAUCUGACCUCUUUGUUUCAUCGGCUUUGGUUGAUAUGUACUCGAAAUGUUGGCGAUUAAGUGAUGCUAGAGUUCUGUUCGAUGAAAUUCCUCAAAGAAGCAUUGUCACAUGGACGUCGAUGAUUACAGGGUAUGUCCAAAAUGACAAUGCCCACGAAGCGUUAUUGCUUUUUAAAGAGUUCUUGAUUGAAGAGAGUGAGAGAAAUGGUGAGAGUACCCAUGUUUUUAUGGAUUCAGUUGCUAUGGUUUCUGUUUUAUCUGCUUGUUCUCGUGUUUCUGGGAAAGGAGUCAUUGAGGGAGUUCAUGGGUUUGUGGUAAAGAGGGGAUUAGAUAAAGAUUUGGGAGUUGAGAAUACUUUAUUGGAUGCAUAUGCAAAAUGUGGUGAAGUGGGUGUGUCUAAGAAGGUGUUCGAGGAGAUAGGUGAGAGGGAUUCAGUUUCCUGGAAUUCUAUGAUUGCCGUGUAUGCUCAGAAUGGGUUAUCCAGCGAGGCUUUUCAUGCUUUUCACUUGAUGAUAAAGGAUGGUGAUGUUAAAUACAAUGCAGUGACAUUGUCCACUUUGUUGUUAGCUUGUGCACAUUCAGGGGCCCUGCGUGAGGGGAAGUGUAUACAUGAUCAGGUGAUAAGGAUGGGUUGGGAGGAUAAUGUGAUUGUGGGUACCUCUAUCAUUGAUAUGUAUUGUAAGUGUGGAAGAGUUGAAACGGCAAGGAAAACAUUUGAUGGCAUGAAGGAGAAGAAUGUAAAGUCAUGGACUGCUAUGGUUGCAGGCUAUGGAAUGCAUGGCGGUGCAAGAGAAGCUUUGGAUCUUUUCUACAAGAUGACGGGGGCUGGGGUCAAACCAAAUUAUAUAACAUUUGUUUCGGUUUUGUCUGCUUGUAGCCAUGCUGGUUUGUUAGAUGAAGGCUGGUAUUGGUUCAAUUCCAUGAAUCAUAAAUUUAAUGUAGAACCUGGGGUUGAGCACUAUAGUUGCAUGGUUGAUCUUCUUGGCCGUGCUGGUUAUCUUAAUGAAGCUUAUGAUUUGAUAAAGAGGAUGCGAGCAAAGCCUGAUUUUGUACUAUGGGGCUCUCUUCUUGCAGCUUGUCGUAUUCACAAAAAUGUGGAGCUUGCAGAGAUUUCUGCAAGACAAUUGUUUGAGCUGGACUCGAGUAAUUGUGGAUAUUACAUCUUACUUUCAAACAUAUAUGCUGAUGCUGGAAGAUGGAAAGAAGUUGAAAGAAUGAGAGUACUUAUGAAAGAUCGUGGACUUAUUAAACCACCUGGAUUCAGUUUGGUUGAACUCAAGGGUAAGGUGCAUUUAUUCUUGGUUGGAGAUAAAGAGCAUCCUGAAUGUGAGAAGAUAUACAGGUUUCUGGAGGAACUUACUGUGAAGUUGCAGCAAGCUGGCUAUGUACCUAAUAUGGCAUCAGUUCUUCAUGAUGUUGAUGAGGAAGAGAAGGAAAUGGCCCUGCGAGUUCACAGUGAGAAGUUGGCUGUUGCAUUUGGCAUCAUGAAUUCAUUUCAUGGCUCAACAAUUCAUAUCAUUAAAAAUCUUAGGGUUUGUAGUGACUGUCAUAUAGUCAUUAAGCUUAUCUCCAAGAUUGUUGAUAGAGAAAUUGUGGUAAGAGAUGCAAAGCGAUUUCAUCACUUCAAGGGUGGUUUGUGUACAUGUGGAGACUAUUGGUGACAUAUAUGUACAUGAAAGAAAAAGAAAGGUUACAAGAAUUUGAAGUGCACGUUAAUGGUUAAUUUUGGCUUGAUAACAAGCUUGCAACUAUAAACUAGAAGAAGCAUUGUUCUCGUGUUUUGCUACUCCUGAUAUCAAAAAUUGUACUGGUAGAGAGCAGGAAUUCCAGAUGAUGAUUAUACUUGAAGUCUGAAACACAAGCACUACAAAUUGCUU